AUGUUUCCAAAGAGGAAGGAGGGAAGCUCUGAAGCGGGACAAUCCGGAGAUAAAGGGCAAGGGCAAGAGGGCAUUUUCAGGGCCCGGAGGACCCCAGUAGUAGAACAAGGGUUCUCAGCAGUAGCAAUAUGUCAUAAAGCUGCGAAGUGUCGCAGUGCACCAGCAGGAGGCCAGCAGGACAAAAGUCAGGGUUACUUUAUCUCCAAGGAGGGUAUUGCAGUUGAUCCAUUAAAUGUUGAGGCAGUUGUUGAUUGGGAGCUGCCAAAAACAGUUACAGAGAUUCGUUGCUUCUUGGGACUUGCCAGUUACUACAGGAACUUUAUCCAGGAUUUUUCCAAGAUUGCUACCCCACUAACACGCCUUACGAAGAAGGGUAUUCAGUUUGUUUGUGGGCCAAAAUGUCAGAAUGCCUUUGAGAUUUUAAAGGCUAAGUUGACUACUACACCAGUGUUAAUUAUUCCGAGGAGUGACAAGACUUUUGUUGUCUAUACCGAUGCGUUAUUGUCAGGACUAUGA